AGUAUGGCGUCGCCCCGGUGACCAUGCCCAGGGGAGCGUGACGAAGUGGCGUUUGGUGGACGUUCCUUUGGUUUCCAUUCCGGGCCAGGCCCUGGCCUAGGGAAGAGUCGAUCGACGCGAGCCAUGUCGUUCCUUCGAGGCUCGACGAAUUACGUGUGGUGCACCACGAGUGUGCUGGGGAAGGGGGCCACCGGUGCCGUGUACCAGGGGGUCAACAAGCAUACAGGAGAAGCAGUAGCAGUGAAAACCUUCAAUCAAUUGAGCCACAUGCGGCCACAAGAGGUCCAGAUGCGAGAGUUUGAAGUCUUGCGCAAGGUCAAACAUGAAAACAUUGUUAAGCUCCUUGCAAUUGAGGAAGAAUUGGAGGGAAGGGGGAAAGUGAUUGUCAUGGAACUAUGCACCGGUGGAAGCUUAUUCAACAUUUUAGAUGAUCCAGAGAAUACUUAUGGCCUAGAGGAGAAAGAAUUUCUCCUGGUCCUUUCUCACCUCUCUGAGGGAAUGAAGCACUUGCGAGAUAACAAUCUCGUUCACCGAGACCUGAAGCCUGGGAACAUCAUGAAGUUCAUUGCUGCCGAUGGCAGCACCAUCUAUAAGCUGACCGAUUUCGGUGCAGCAAGGGAAUUGGAUGACGAUCAGCAGUUCAUGUCUCUAUAUGGAACUGAAGAAUACUUGCAUCCCGACAUGUACGAACGUGCCGUGUUGAGGAAGCCCGUCGGCAAGACUUUUGGGGCGACCGUCGACUUGUGGUCCAUAGGGGUGACGCUGUUUCAUGUGGCAACAGGGCAGUUGCCCUUCCGCCCAUUUGGGGGCCGCCGAAACAAGGAGACCAUGUAUUACAUCACGACCGAGAAGGCAUCAGGUGUGAUCUCUGGUGUCCAGAUGUCCGAGAACGGGCCCAUCGAGUGGAGUCGCAACCUGCCUGAGGGGUGCCCUCUUUCUAUGGGCGCGCAGAAAUAUGUGACACCCUUGCUGGCAGGCCUCCUGGAAGUGGACCCCAAAAAGAUGUGGAACUUUGAUAAGUUCUUUGUGGAAGUUACCAACAUUCUCUUGAGGAAGAAGAUGGACAUCUUCUACCUUAAUCGUCUCCAGAGUCUCACGGUGUAUCUUCACCCCGAGGACAAGCUGAGUGAACUGCAGUUCCACAUCCUGGAACAGACCGACAUACCCACCAACAGUCAGAUCUUGUUGUAUGAAUCAAAACCAUUCGAAGAAUCGGUCGGGGUCACGACCCGAUCCCAGAGCUACCCCUCGACUUCCCUGGAUACCCCCAUCAUUCUAUUUAAUGAAGAGAAUAACAAUGUUUCUCUUCACCUCAAUUCUAGUAUUCCCAAGUUCCCUUCAUUCCCGAGUGUGUUGUCGAUGGAGAAUGAUGCAGUGUUGGCAAAACUGAGCUGCAGCAUAGGCCACAUGAUCAAGCGAUCUGUGGAAUGCCUCACCCGUUGUCAACACCUCAUGCAGGAAGCUGUCAACAUGCUUCUGUCUGUGAUAACAGAGCAACUGAGCUUGGCUAAAGGGAAGAGUGACGAAGCACAGAAAUUGAGUCAUUCCCAGACCCAGAGACUGGAAUUGCUUGUGUCCUUCCACAGUUCCUUGUUCCUUGCACUGGAUGCUCUAGCUUCCAAGAAUUCCUCUCUCGACGUCUCCGAUGCCCGGAGGCGUUUGGCCGACCUCAUCUCCAACAAACAGCACAGUGCCGCUGCUGUGAAGGAGCAGUUAGAGGCGGUGGUGCCCCACGCUUCCCACCUGUACAGUCGAGUGGUCGGAGAGGGGACCCUGAAAAAGGAGUGGUUGGAUGCGACGCGAGGGAUGAAGGAUAUCACCAAGUGUGCCAACAAAGCCCACACUUACAUCACCAAGCUUCGAGAGUCCUGGCAGCAUCUUCUCAGAGAUAAGGCUGCCAAAAAUCUCACUUACAAUGAUGAACAAUUCCAUAUGCUGGAGAAGAUUAAAAUGCAGGAGACUAGCAAAUCCCUGCAGGCUCUGCUCAACUCAGAAUGCAGCCCCACCAUCCACGUCAUGGCCGAGUGUCUUGCCGACUGGUACAAAAUGGCUCAGGCGACCUUCGUCCAGACGGAGUUGGUUCGAAAGGACCUGCAGAGCGUGGAAGAGAUGAGCGGUGCAUUGUCCCAGAGUUUGGAUGAGGCUCAGACCCAGUAUUUGAGUCAGGUGGAGCAUAUCCUCACUCAUGCAAAGAGUCUCAAGGCUCAGCGGAAGGGCGAGCGGGACGGGGAUGCUGCUCGCAAGAAGGAGCUCAAACGCAACGUCUCGCACGGGUUGCAUCAGUUGUGUGCAGGCCAGGCUGAAUUGUGGCAGAUCUUGCAGGAGAACAACGAGCUGCUCACCGAAUUCUGCUCCGUCCUCACCCAGCUUCCACCCGCAGGGACCGAGGGGAGGCCGACUCCCGAAAAUCCUUGACUCUGCCUUGAGGUCCAGAGUUCAACCUCCUGAAUCCUUGUUCCUUGUGUCUUUCUGCUGUUUGCUCUGUACCAAAUAUGUGUGAUGAAAUUGAGCUUCCCUCAGCCAAGCCUAGGACACUUCUGCCAUGAGACUUGUCCUCAUUAAAAGAUGUGGCACUGAGCAAAUUGAGGUGAAGCUUUUCUUGUCUUGCAUGUCUGAGCAAGAUUGUGUUGGGAGUUGUUUUGGGUAAAGUUUUCCCCUCCCUCUAUAAAAAAAAAAAAAAAUUCACUUAGCUUUUUUGACCCCCAAUGAGUGAGUGGUGUGCCAAGAAGGAAUGUCAGUGGCCUCCAAACUCCCUUUCCAGCCUCAGUACCUCAGAAAUUGCCCCUCACUUGCCCAUGAAUUUCUAGUGAAGUAAUUUGGCAGUUUCUUAAUUGAGGUUUUUCACAGGAAAGGAGCCUGGAGCCCUGCUUUUCCUUUAUUGAGCAUAAGUUAAGCUGUGACAUUUCUUUCAGUAUCUGGCACCAAAGAAUGUUAUUUCAGAUGUGAUGUUUUUUCCCCCUUU